GCGAACGAUUCGUUGAACGAUUCGUUUGAACGAAUCGUUUUACUGAACGAACCGGAAUGGAUUCGUUUACUCAAGUGAACGACAGAUCCCGUCACUACCAUCUAGCCAGAUGAGACGGGGGGGCAACGAGGACGUCCAUCCAGCCAGGGGUCAGGAUAGUCAGGCGGCUGAGGCUGAAAAGGUAGCCUCUCCCCAGAGCGGAAGGGGGAAAGGGGACACCAAGUGACUAGUGAUGAAAAGACUAAACAACUAGAUAUUCCAAUUACAAAAGAGAAAUAAAGUAAGAACUAGUGGUAAGUAGAGUGAAAAACGGGAUAGUGGCUGUACUUCCCACAGCGUUAUAGCUCCUAGGGCAGCUUUAGACUGAAGUGUGAGUCUAGUCUGUUUUCAACUAGCCUGACCAUAAGCUCUGUCAAAUAGGAACGUUUUUAAUCUAAUCUUAAAUGUACAGACUGUGUCAACCUCUUUAAUAUUAGCUGGAAGCAGCUUGGUAACUAAAGGCUCUAGCUGCUACUUUACUUUUAGAGACCCUGGGAACUACCAGUAGACCUGCAUUCUGAGAACGAAGUGUUCUGUUGGGGCGGUAUGGAACCAUAACAUCUGUGAGUAAAGAUGGCCCCAAACCAUUAAUGGUCUUAAAUGUAAGAAGGAGGAUUUUAAAUUUAAUUCUAAACUCGACUGGAAGCCAGUGAAGGGCUCAGAGCAUAGGGGUGAUGUGCUCUCUUCAAUUAGUUCCUGUUAAAAGUCUUGCUGAUGCGUUCUGGACUAGCUGAAGACCUUUUAGGGAACUUUUAGGACAAGCUGCGAGUAAGGAGUUACAGCAAUCCAAUCUAGAUGUAACGAAUGCGUGAAUUAAUUUUUCUGCAUCGCUUUUAGGCAGAAUAUUUCUCAUUUUUUGAUUAAUUUUAAUUAUGAAUUAAUAUUUAUAAUUAUUUUAUAUUAAUGAUUUAUUUAAUUAAUUUUAUGAAUAAACGCGUCGGUCGGAUAGGCUCUGGCACCCCUGCGAUCCAGGCAAACGACAUUUGACUCGGAUAUUUAUCAUGGAGAGGCAUAGGCGUAACAACUAAAGUGACCUCAUCAGCGACAGACUUCAGAUCCGUGCGGUCAACUCGGAUCGGCCGUCUAUUGCCGUCAACGGCCGUGACACGCGACCGCACGAUCGUGUUUUCGGUUGAAACGGAUAUCUAGAACUGUCAGUCGCAGCAAAAGAGUUAACGAGCAACACAAUGAUACAGGAUUUUGCUAAAUCCAUAUUUGUAGUCAAGCAAAGUUUGCGGAACAAAAGUCCAGCGGCAGCAAAAACGUCCAGAAAAUCACCAACAAUGUAGCUCCGUUGAUCACAUGGGAUUCUGUUUUUAUAUACUGUAUAUUCAUGUCAGAGAAAAUGUGUCUUCUAUGAUUUCAACAUGUCAGGUUUUGACCUUCAAACCUAUGGAUUUUGAGCUCAUGGGGAGGCACUGUUUAACGGCGGACUAUCUUCAUUUAGUGGUAAAGCUAUCUUCAUCUAGUGUUAAAGCUGAGAAGUGCAAGGGGAACUCAAGCUUCUUGUGUGCGCCACAUUCAAUGAUAUUUUCCUCUCCUGGACAGAUGUAUGCUGCGCUCUUUAAUGGUGCUAUUUGAAUGGAUUUAUCCUUGUUAGAUUGUGAGAAUGUCAUUUGUCAGCUAGAUGUGAACUCUGCUGGUGAAUUUCGGAAGAACAUUUGCAGCAAAUUUUGGCUCAUCCACUUGGAAGGAUGUAUUCAUAAGCAUCUUUUGGUUUGUGCGUGUGUGCCUCUCGAGACCCUUUGUGUUGAGUGCAUUGCAUACUUGUUGCUCGCUCGUAGCUUUAUUUUUGAAUGGCUGAAUUGGGGGGGGGGGGAGAAGAGAAACGUUCUUGCUUCCUGUUUAUUGCCUGCCCCAUCUCGGAAGAAGAGACCGCAGAUGAGCUGCGCGACUGUCCGGAAGCGCGAGACGAGCGAGACGCGUCUUCCAAAAUAACGGCCAAGCUUUCUUGGACGAUAUUUGCCUUUGGCGCAUGCGUUUAGAGCUUCUUAGCGUCGACGAGCUUAACAUUUUCGAUCUGGGUGCCCGUCUUUUUUUGACUUUGAGUUUGUGACGUAAGCGAAGGCGGUGGGCGUUUUCUUUUUAUUUUGGAAGUAGUAGCGAACGGAAGCAGAGCGUGGGCCUACUACCGCUGACGGACGCCGGCCGAGACGAGACCGGCCGGACGCUGCGGAGAUUUUGCAAGUUCGGAGUUGACUCAACGCAACGCAGUUAGUCAGGCGGCCAGCCUGCCUGCAGCGAGCGACGCGACGCGACGAGACGAGACCGCAACGAGAUAGAGAGGGAGACAAGAACGAGAAGGAAGAAGAACUCGGGGAAGACGCGCGUGGGCUCCGGCGCCGAGGACCGGCCAUGUCCCAGCGGACGCAGCUGGCCCUGCUGCUCUGGAAGAACUUGACCUACAGGCGGCGGCAGAAGCUUCAGCUGCUGGUCGAGAUCGUGUGGCCGCUCUUCAUCUUCUUCAUCCUCAUCGCCGUGCGCCUCAGCUACCCGCCGUACGAACAGCACGAAUGUCAUUUCCCCAACAAGGCCAUGCCCUCGGCGGGCACCUUGCCGUGGAUCCAGGGCAUCCUCUGCAACGCCAACAACCCGUGCUUCCGCAGCCCCACGCCCGGCGAGUCGCCCGGCGUGGUGGGCAACUUCAACGACUCCAUAAUUUCCCGCCUCUUCUCCGACGCCAAAAAGAUUCUCCUGUACAGUCAGAACGACAAAAACUUGGAAGGCUUCAAGGAGCUGGCCCGCGCCCUCAGGAAGCUCCAGAGCAGCAGAAGCGGCUUCAAGUUAAAGCACUUCCUACGAGACGAGGAGACUUUUUCCGGCUUCCUGUCGCGAAACGUAUCCUUCCCGCCGGCGGCGGUCUUACGCAUCCUGGAGGCCGACGUCGACUUGGAGAAGGUUCUUUUGAGAGGUUUCGGGGUUCGCCUGCGGGACGCGUGCCCCCGCCGGUCGGGGGGCCGGGGCGUAGGGGAAUUUGUCAACGUGACGGACCCCGGGACCGCCGCCGCGGUUCAGGAAUUGGUGUGCCGCGCCCCGCCGGCGUGGCUGGACCUCGUCGAGCGCAACUUUCUGGAAAAUGCCGACUUCCUCAAACCCUUCCUGGGGGACGUCAGAUCGGACCCCGAAGCCGUGCGGGACGUUUCUGCGGCGACCAACAAGCUGCUGGACGGUCUGGGCUCCCUGGCCGUGGAGCUGGCCGGGAUGAAGAGCUGGACGGACCUGAGGAAAGAGAUCGUCUUCCUUCGGCGCAACGCCACGUCCUCGCCCAGCGCCUUGUACCAGGCCGUGUCGCGGAUCGCGUGCGGGCACCCGGAGGGCGGCGGCUUGCAGAUCAAGUCCCUCAACUGGUACGAGGACAGCAACUACAAGGCGCUCUUCGGGAACCACAACGGCAGCGAGGAGGCCGGCGCCGCGCAGCACUACGACAACGCCUCCGCUCCCUUUUGCAACAGUCUGGUCAGGAGCCUGGAUUCCAAUCCCAUGUCCAAGAUGAUCUGGGAAGCUGUCAAACCACUGCUGCUGGGGAAAAUCCUCUACACUCCCGACACUCCCGCUACUCGGCGGGUCAUCCACGAGGUCAACCGCACCUUCCAGGAGCUCGGCGUCUUCCGGGACUUGGAGGGAAUGUGGGAGGAGAUGAGACCUAAAGUUUGGAACUUCCUGGAGAACAGCGAACAGAUGAACCUGAUACGGUCUCUGCUGAAAAACAACGCCACCGCCUCCUACUUUCACACUCAACUGGCCGACACCGAGUGGACCGUGGCCGACGUGUCCCACUUCCUGUCCAGGCACGCCGACGAGCGGCGACGGCGGCCGGGCGCCCUCACCUGGAGGGACGUCUUUAACGAGACCGACCAGGCCGUGGGCGGCAUCUCCCGCUUCAUGGAGUGCGUGAAUCUGGACAAAUUGGAAGCAGUCUCGACCGAAGAGCGAAUGAUCAACGAGUCGAUGCUUCUGCUGGAGGACAAGAGGUUCUGGGCGGGGAUCGUCUUCCCUGACCUGGCCACCAACGCCACGGAGCUCCCCCCCAACAUUAGCUACAAAAUCCGGAUGGACAUCGACAACGUGGAGCGGACCAAUAAGAUCAAAGACGCGUACUGGGACCCGGGUCCUCGCGCUGACCCCUUUGAGGACAUGCGCUACAUCUGGGGAGGCUUCUCCUACCUCCAGGACGUCAUCGAACAGGCCCUGGUCCGAACCCUGACCGGCACCAAAGACAAGACGGGCGUUUACAUCCAACAAAUGCCGUACCCCUGCUACGUGGACGACAUAUUCCUGCGGGUGAUGAGUCGCUCCAUGCCGCUCUUCAUGACCCUGGCCUGGAUGUUCUCCGUCUCCAUCAUCCUGAAGAACGUAGUGUACGAGAAGGAGGCGCGUCUGAAGGAGACCAUGAGGAUCAUGGGAUUGGACAACGGCAUCCUGUGGUUCAGCUGGUUCAUCAGCAGUCUGAUUCCUCUGCUCGUCAGCGCCGGGCUCCUGGUCCUGAUGCUCAAGGUCCGUCGGUGCCGCCGCCGCCGCCUUUGGCCGUCACUCCUUCCGUUCUGUUUUCCGCAGAAAGGAAACCUGCUGCCGUACAGCGACACCGGCGUGGUCUACCUCUUUUUGGCGUCCUUCGCCGUGGUCACUAUCAUGCAGUGCUUUCUCAUCAGCACCGCCUUCGCUCGAGCCAACUUGGCCGCCGCCUGCGGAGGAAUCAUAUACUUCACGCUCUACUUGCCGUACGUCCUCUGCGUGGCCUGGCAGGACCACAUCGGCUUUCCGGCUAAAGUCUUCGCGAGCCUCCUGUCUCCGGUGGCUUUCGGCUUCGGCUGCGAGUACUUCGCCCUGUUCGAAGAGCAGGGCGUCGGCAUCCAGUGGAAGAACCUGGUGGCCAGUCCCCUGGAAGAGGACGACUUCAGCCUCCGCACCGCCAUCAUCAUCAUGUACUUUGACUCCUUCCUCUACGGACUCCUCACCUGGUACAUCGAAGCCGUCUUUCCAGGUCAAUACGGCAUUCCUCGGCCGUGGUACUUCCCCUUCACCAAGUCCUACUGGUUCGGAGAGGAGGAAAAGGCAUCCGACAAAGUCCCGUUGGAGCACAAAAGAAAGUCCGGCGCGGCGUGCACGGAAGAGGAACCGGCUCACCUCCGGCUCGGCGUCUACAUCGAGAAUCUCGUCAAGAUUUACCGGCACGGGAAGAAAGUGGCGGUGGACGGCCUGACGCUAGGCUUCUACGAGGGACAGAUCACCUCCUUCCUCGGACACAACGGCGCGGGAAAGACCACCACUAUGUCCGUCCUCACCGGUCUGUUCCCGCCCACCUCCGGUACCGCCUACAUCCUCGGUCGUGACAUCCGCACGGAGCUGAGCGCCAUUCGGCAGAGCUUGGGCGUCUGCCCGCAACACAACGUCCUCUUCAGCAUGUUGACGGUGGAGGAGCACGUGUGGUUCUACGCCCGACUGAAAGGUCUGUCGGAAGAAGGGGUAAAAGGCGAGAUGGAGCAGAUCCUGCGCGACACGGGCCUGCCGCACAAACGGCGUUCCAAGACCAGCACGCUGUCCGGCGGAAUGCAGAGGAAGCUGUCCGUGGCCCUGGCCUUCGUCGGGGGCUCCAAGGUGGUGAUCUUGGACGAGCCCACGGCCGGAGUGGAUCCCUACGCUCGCAGGGGAAUCUGGGAUUUGCUGCUCAAGUACAGGCAGGGACGCACCAUUAUCCUGUCCACGCACCACAUGGACGAGGCCGACAUCCUGGGCGACCGCAUCGCCAUCAUCUCGCACGGGAAGCUGUGCUGCGCGGGCUCCUCGCUCUUCCUAAAGAACCAGCUGGGGACGGGCUACUACCUGACCCUGGUCAAAAAGGACCCCGAACCCUCGCUCGGCUCGUACGGGAACUCGUCCGGCACGGUCUCCUUCGCCAAAAAGGACGAGAGCGGUUCCGUCAGCAGCAGCGACGCCGGACUGGGCAGCGAGCAAGAAAGCGACGCCGUCACUGUCGAAAACGGGCGCCCGGCAUCGGUGUGCGAGGCACCUCCGGUGGAUACCUCCCAGGUGUCGGGCCUGAUCACGCGCCACAUCCCGGCCGCCCGCAUGGUGGAGGACCUGGGGCACGAGCUGACCUUCGUCCUGCCGUACUCCGCCGCAAAAGACGGCGCCUUCGUGGAACUUUUCCGGGAAAUGGACGAGAAGCUGAGCGAGCUCAACGUCUCCAGUUACGGCGUGUCCGACACCUCUUUGGAAGAGAUUUUCCUGAAAGUUGCCGAAGAUAACGGCGUGGACACGGACGUGCCCUCAGACGGCACGCUACCGGUCCGACGUCGACGACGGACUCACGCCUUCGGGGGAGGCGAUCCUCAGAGCUGCUUGAGACCGCUGACGGACGAGCGCGACGGCGGCGCCGACGACGGCGAUCCCGAGAGUCGGGAGACGGAGCGCUUGAACGGCACGGGCGGGACGGGAUCGGAAAAAGUCAGCGGCUGGAAUCUGCGAAAGCAACAAUUUGUGGCCCUCAUGUGGAAAAGGUUCCUCUACGCCCGGCGCUCCCGUAAGGGCUUCUUCGCGCAGGUCUGUCCGUCCGUCGGUCGGUCGGUCGGCCGCUGGCGCUCGGGAUCUAGGCUUGACCGCCGCCUCUGUGGCAGAUCGUCCUUCCGGCCGUCUUUGUCUGCAUCGCGCUGGUCUUUAGUCUCAUCGUACCUCCUUUUGGAAAAUAUCCCAGUUUGGAGCUGCAGCCCUGGAUGUACGAAGAGCAGGUCACCUUCAUCAGGUACUCCCGUUUUCCUCGACGGACCUAACGCACGUCUGGAGAAUAAAAGGCGUGUCCCGUUGCGCUUUGCGGCGCACGCUAGCGACGACGCGCCAGGAGACGCCACCAUGCAGAAGUUGCUGGCUUCUCUUUUGGACCCGCCGGGACUGGGCACCCGUUGUAUGCCGGGACUUAGUCUCCCAGACGCGCCGUGCACCCUGGGCGACGACGAGUGGAGCGUCCCGGAGGUCCCGGACGGCGUCCGGCGGCUCUUCGUCUCCGGGAACUGGACCAUGGAGGAGCCCUCUCCCUCCUGCUCCUGCAGCUGCGACGGCAGAAAGAAGAUGCUGCCCGAUUGCCCCGCCGGAGCCGGAGGGAUGCCUCCGCCCGAGAUCAAGUUGAGUUCCACCGACGUGCUGCAGAACCUGACGGGAAGGAACAUCUCCGACUACCUGGUCAAAACCUACGCUCAGAUCAUCGGCAAGAGUUUGAAGAAUAAAGUCUGGGUCAACGAGUUCAGGUACGGCGGCUUCUCCUUGGGCGCAAGGAGCACUCAGGUCCUCCCGCCGGCCGACGAAAUCGACGACGCCAUCGGACGCGUUCGCAAAAUCUUUGAACUGACCAAGGGAGCGGCGGCGGAUCGAUUUCUGGACAAUUUGUCAGCGUUCAUCCACGGACUGGACACCAAAAACAACGUCAAGAUCUGGUUCAACAACAAAGGCUGGCACAGCAUGGGCUCCUUCAUUAACGUGAUGAGCAACGCCAUCCUGAGGGCCCGGCUGCCUCCCGGGGAAGACGCCGGCCGCUACGGAAUCCGAGCCUUCAAUCAUCCGCUCAACUUGACCAAGGAGCAGCUGUCCCAGGUGGCGCUGGUCACCACCUCGGUGGACGUGCUGGUGUCCAUCUGCGUGAUCUUCGCCAUGUCCUUCGUACCGGCUAGCUUUGUGGUUUUCCUCAUUCACGAGCGCGUCACCAAGGCCAAGCACAUGCACUUCAUCAGCGGCGUGCACCCGCUUCUCUAUUGGAGCGCCAACUUCAUCUGGGACAUGUGUAACUACGUGGUCCCGGCGACGCUGGUCAUCCUCAUCUUUGUGGCCUUCCAACAAAAAGCUUACGUCUCUUCCACGAACCUUCCCGUGCUGGCUCUGCUGCUUCUGCUCUACGGGUGGUCCAUCACGCCGCUGAUGUACCCGGCGUCCUUCCUCUUCACCGUCCCCAGCACGGCCUACGUGGUGCUCACCAGCGUCAACAUCCUCAUCGGCAUCAACGGGAGCAUCUCCACCUUCGUCAUGGAGCUCUUCGGAGAUCACGAGAUCGGAGGCAUCAACGACAUCCUGAAGAACGUCCUCCUCGUCUUCCCUCACUUCUGCUUGGGCCGAGGCCUCAUCGACAUGGUCAAGAAUCAAGCCAUGGCCGACGCGCUGCAGAGAUUCGGUGAGAACCGGCUGCGUUCCCCUCUGGAGUGGGACAUGGUGGGAAAGAAUUUGUUUGCCAUGGCGGUGGAGGGUGUGGUCUUCUUCCUCAUCACCAUCCUCAUCCAGUACAGAUUCUGCUUCAAACCCAGGCCGGCGAGUCUCGUGACCGAGGCGGGAAUUCCGGAAGACGAGGACGAGGACGUCGCCCGCGAGAGGCACCGGAUCGUACACGGGCUCGGGCGCGGACACAUCCUGGAACUCCGACAACUGACCAAGGUGUUCAAAAGGAAUCAGAGGCCGGCGGUGGAUCGGCUUUGCGUGGGGAUCCCCCCGGGCGAGUGUUUCGGUCUGCUGGGCGUGAACGGCGCGGGAAAGACCACCACCUUCAAAAUGCUGACGGGCGACACGACGGUGACCGGCGGGGAGGCCUUCCUGGCCGGCAAGAGCAUCCUCCGAGAGUUGGAGCAGGUCCACCGGAACAUGGGCUACUGCCCUCAGUUCGACGCCGUCAACGAGCUGCUGACGGGACGGGAACAUCUGGAGCUGUACGCUAUCCUCAGAGGAGUUCCCGGGGAAGAAGUCUGUGACGUGGCCGAGUGGGGCGUCCGAAAGUUGGGUCUGCUCAAGUACGCCGACAAAGCGGCGGGAAGUUACAGCGGCGGGAAUCUGCGUAAGCUAUCCACUGCUAUGGCGCUGAUCGGAGCACCCCCUGUUGUCUUUCUGGACGAACCCACCACGGGCAUGGACCCCAAAGCCCGCCGAGCGCUCUGGAACUGCAUCCUGUCAGUCAUCAAGGAAGGACGCUCCGUCGUGCUCACCUCGCACAGCAUGGAGGAGUGUGAGGCCUUGUGCACCCGGAUGGCCAUCAUGGUCAACGGCAGGUUCAAAUGUAUCGGCAGCGUCCAACAUUUGAAGAACAGGUUCGGCGACGGCUACACCGUGGUCCUGCGGGUGGCGGGGCCCGAUCCCGACCUGGCGGCCGUCGGCCGCUUCAUCGAGCGCGAGCUGAGCGGCAGCACGCUGAAGGAGAAACACCGCAACAUGCUGCAGUACCAGCUGCCCUCGGCGCGUUGCUCGCUCACGCACGUUUUCUCCACGCUGGCCAAGAACAAGCGGGCCCUCAAGAUCGAAGACUACUCCGUAACGCAGACCACGCUGGAUCAGGUGUUUGUCAACUUCGCCAAGGACCAGAGCGACGACUAUCACUCCAAAGACGCGGCUUCUUCCUCCGGAAAGCGGAGACGGCGGGGCCUUUCUCGGGAGGACGGACCCAAAGAGAGCGCCGUGUGAACUUGAAGCGGUCCGCCCGCCAUUCUUUUUUCCCCGUGGGGUUGGUCUCCACCAAGAUUCCAAAUCAGUUGAAAUCAGCCGACUUUGAUUUUAUUUAUGUUUGCUCUACUGCCAAUCAAAGUGUUGAUGAUUUUGGGAGGAAGAAAAACUGUGGAAAGUUACCUGACUGAUUUUUUUAAAAAAAUAAUUUUCUCCUUCAAACGUGACACCAAGCUGUUACUGAAAACAUUGAAAUCAAACAGACCCACGGAACAUAAGGAUAAGUAAAAAAGCACUUUUCUGUCUUCCCCACCGACGGCUCCCGAUUCCGACACCCGGCCGUGUGGUAUCGGCCGAUGCCGAUGCUGUACCGAUACCGUGUUUUUUUUUUUUUUGGGGGGGGGGGGGGCAAAAAAAUCUUUUAUAUACAAAUAGAAAAAUGAAACAGUCAUCAAAAUAGGACAAUGUUGUUUACAAUUUUUGGAUGUAAUUCUGUCAGUGCUUCAGCUUCCUCCUCAAGUUUGGCUCUCACGUCUGGGAUCUCCUGACAACGCGGGCAUUCUUUCGGAGAGUUUACAGCUACGUCCGGACAAUCAAUAAAACAUUUAUUUAGCCAUA